AUGCCAGCUCGAACAUCUUUAACUACCGUGUCCGUCAUAAAAAAAAUAUUAGUUUCUACUCGCUCGGGUCCCGAUCGGCAUUCUUCAAAUCAAACUUUAGUGAGGCGGUUACUGUCAUCCACCCCAGCACUCGCAGCUGCCACGGGUGGGGGCGUGUCUAGAGCGUAUUCUUCUCAACCAGAUGACUCUUCUCAUGCUACCUUGGACCCAGAUGAUGCCCAUUGUCAUAAGGAUAACAAAGGGAUAGAAAAGCGAGAUCAGGAGAGUAAAAGCGAGGAAGACGAUUCAGGUUGUGUUUCUGAAGAAGAAAACACACCAACAAAUUCUCCAGGUCUGAAAGCUGUCACUGUCAUGAGUCGUACCAACCUAAAACAGCAGUUGAUGCGAGAACAAAUGCAACAACUAGAGCAAAAAGAAGCAUUAGCCCAACAGAAGACAGAACCACCAUCUUCUCUUUCUACAGCUGCAAUCAAAGUACCAGUUUCCACUACUGCAGUAGGGCUCUCUCUCCCCCCUCAGGUGCUGCAGGUUCAGACUCGUCUAGAAAACCCCACCAAAUAUCAUGUUAUACAGAGUCAGAGAAGGCAAGUGCGACAGUAUAUCAGCAGUGCUCAUGGCAGUACUCGUCCCCAAAUCCACACAUUAUCACCUGCACUCAAUGUUGAAAGCUGUGAUACAAGUCCAAACAGCCCAACAUCCGCUCCACUGAGUAACUCAACAGCCACUAGUGCCUCAGAGCUGGAAGAGUUUUGGGAUGAUUUCAGUAACUUAGGAAAUGGAGGUAUGGGAGGUGAUGUAAACCUUCUUGAACUGGAACCUUCUUUCAAUGUGCCAUCAACAAUGCCUGGAACUACAGAUUUACUAGACUUAUUUUCUGCUGAGCAGACCAAGUCGCCAGCAUCGUGCCCACCUGAUCUUGUGAAUGUGAAAGAAGAACCUUUAUCCCUUACUGAAGACCAUUUGCGAGCAUUAGCAAAAGACCGGCAGAAAAAAGAUAAUCACAAUAUGAUUGAAAGGCGUAGAAGAUUCAACAUCAAUGAUCGAAUUAAAGAGCUUGGAACCCUCUUGCCAAAAAACAAUGACCCACAUUUUGACCUGGUUCGUGACCUCCGGCAAAAUAAGGGUACAAUCCUCAAGGCCUCGGUAGAUUAUGUGUGCUGCUUGAAAAAAGAAGUCCGUAAAAUUCCUCAAAUGGAACAGAGACAGAAACUGCUGGAACAACAAAACAAGAAGCUUCUUCUUAGAAUACAGGAGUUAGAGAUGCAGUUGCAUUCACAUGGAAUUUCUGUCACUGAAUCCAUUUGGCAGCCUUCAACGGAAGCAGUUCUCAGCUCCAUUAUUAAGCAAGAAAGUGCCCCAUCAAACAUGCUUAUUAACACUCCCAGUAUGGCCAACAACUACACCUAUCCUCAUGAGAGAAACCAUUUGACCACUGUGGAUAUGGGAUUGUUAGGAUUGAAUGCUGAGCAAGAUUCUCAAGUGAGCCCUGCCCCAAGUCCUAGUUCCGGACUAAGUUCUAUUCAGAGUGCAAGUCCUGGUCACCCGUAUGGUCCCUAUGAUGACAUAAUCAUGGAUGAUGAUGUACUUCCUGUGAAUGGCGACCCUCUGCUGUCUUCUCACCAUAUGAAAGAAGAUGAAGCUCUCUCUCCAGACCACAUGGAGUUUCUUCAGUGACUAAUGAGAAACCUGUCGACAGAUGUUAUCAUUUCCUCAUCGAUAACUAUGAUAAAGAUUGGGCUUCAGACUGAACUGUUGUUGUUUUCUGACCAGAUGUUUCACCCACAGAAAUGAUUUACUGUUUUAUACCUAUUCCUGCAUUGCCCAAGACCAGGAUUGACAAAGUAUUUUGUUUAUUCAAUGGAAAAGUAAAAUCUUAUAUAAUAACUAAAAUGUGGUAACAGAGAAACCAAUAAUGUCUUUUCAAGUAAAGUGAAAUUUGUGGUGUGCAUUAUCAAUAUUUUGAUAUAGAUACAGAAUUUUGUAUUCCAGUAUUGAAUCAUCUUGUUCUGUCUAAAUGGACAGAUUAGUGAAAAUUAUUAAGGUUUUUCAUAAAAAGGUUAAAUUUUUAUUUUGCUUGUAGAGAAGUAUGAGGAAUUUGGGAAAUAAGUGAACAGACAGAAGUCUAAUAUAUAUAAUAACAGGCUCCAGGGAAUGUGGUGACUGCGUUUUUAUAACAAACUGAAAACUUGAUCAAAACUAGCACAUUGCCUUACUUUCUAUCUUCAAGUUCCUGACUGAUUUUAUGGAUGUUUUUCCAGAAGUUGUUGAAUAUUUUCUGGUAUCAGAAUGUUGUAUUACCAUUAGAGAUUGUUAGGUAUAGAUAUUUUCAUUUUAAUGUAACCUGUUUUUGAAGUAUAUAGAGUAUGGUGUUAGACCAAGGUAGGCACACUUAGAAUUUCCCACCUGCAUCAUACAGUGCUUGCCAAGUAACCAUUUUCUUAUAAGCAAGUGCCUAAAAAUGUGUUUACUGGAAAGUUAGCUCUUCACUAAUGUACUUUUUAUUUUUCUAUACAUAAAAGUAAUGGUUAGCCUAAUGUGACUCCAGAGGCUUAGUAAUCGUUUGUAAUAAAUGUAAUGUGGUACCAAUGGGAAUACUAUAAGGCUAUUUGAUAAUAUAAAUGAAUCAGAAAAGGUAGGUAUUAGUUAAUUAUUUUGAAUUAUUACCAACCAUUCAAGCUAGCCUUUGCCUGCAUUUGUAUAAAAACUUAAGACUUGUAAACAGGUUAAAACAAUAUCUUGCAUUGAAAUUACCAUUUUUUGUUUCUUUGACAUUCUUUUUUGAGCAUGACAAGUUACACCCCUGGUGGGUAUACCAGUUUAAUUUGUUUAUGUAAAUGUAGCAAGUCCUAAGUACUCCCGACGACUGAGCUGCUGGAUAAAAUAAGUAUCUGUAGAAUGUUUUGUCAUUUGUUUUCAUUUAUAAAGAAGAAUUACAUAAUUUUGUGAUAGUGUGACACUUCAUUUUUAUGCCAGAUGUUUUGUGGUUUUUUUUUGUUUGUUUUUUUCCUAGAUAAAAAAGUUAAUGACUAGAAGGUAACAGUACCUUUGAAAUACCAGAACUUUACAUUUCUGUUGAUCAGAUUUUUAAUUUGUAGCUUUAAAGGCAACACAAAGGUAAUUCAUUCAUUGCAGUAUUUAAAGAAGAUAUAAAAUGCUUGAAUAUGUGUUUGGUAGUUAGGUUUAUGGGCUGUCUUUGAGUGACAAGACACAAAAUAUUUCUGGUCAUGUGAGAUAAUAAGUUGUGCAUUGAUGUUUUCUAAGUUUGUAUGAAGAUAAUGGUCUGUUCAGGUUAAGCACAAAUCCAAAACAAGAGAAUCUUUUGACACAUUUUAAAAUUCACAUUAUUGUCUUAAACAGUUUGAUAACUGUGCAUGUUAAACAUAUUAUGUGGAAUAAAAUAAGUUUACCUAUUGCAUUGUUAUUAUGAAAGUCCUGAAAAUUUCAUCUAAGUGAUAGUUAAUAGAGAAGAUAUUAAAAUUACAUCUUUAAAAAAUGGAGAUCCUCAAGAGGUUGAUUCUGAUAAUGAUUCAUCUUUAUUUAGCCUCAUUGUUUCUGCUAGUGUGGUUAAUUAAACAUCUUAAGUGCCUUAUGAAGUAAUUUUACCUUUUCACCUUGUCUCAGCAUCAGUGUAAUAUUUAGAUGAUUUCUUAAUACAAAGAAUUAUUGAAGGAUAAGAGUAGAACAGUACUGGUUACGGUGUUAACAUCCGAGCUGUUGUAUGACGUAACUUAAAGAGCUCAUCGUUAAUUUCAUUGACAGUUCUCCUUCAUUUUGACAAGAUGUUACUUGUUCACAAUUCUUACUGUGUUUUACUCUUUCUGAAAUUAUUCAGUGUGUGACCUGUUAUGCCAUGCACUAGUACACUGUUGUACCCCCGGGAUAUCCCAUAAAUUCAUAUAUAGUACAGCCCGAGAAAUGUCAUUUUCCUGGGGCAUUUGGGUAAUCAACAAAUCCUCAGUAAUCAGGAAUAAAAUAAUUAAUAAAAAUUAACAAAACAAAACAACUCCUGAUGUCCUAGGGCAUGGCAUAAUGUUUCUCAUAUAUUUGUCCAUAGCGAUCUAAGAAUAUUAAUACACCAUUAAAGACUUGUAAUUAUCCAGGAAUAAGAUUUUUAAAGCCUGUUUUAUUUGUGUUAAUUUUUAUAAGAUCAUUGCACAAGUUCUGUUGUUGAUUGUGAAGAGAAUUUUGAGAUGUGCAGGUGUUACAGUACAAGUAUGGUAGGGUUUGGUUGUUCACUUUAAAAAUGCUGAAAUAUGUAUGCUUUGUGCACAUGUAACAAUGCAAAUUUUGUCACGGGCAUGUACACGAGGCUUAUUUCAACUUUCAAGUUCUAUUAGCUUCUAAGUCUGUGUUUAUAAUAUUCACAUAAAUUGUUCUUUGUAAGUUUUCGUGCCAGAAUAGUAUGUUAGACAAAGCUCAAAUAUUACAAUUUCAAACAUAUUUUUGUAUAUCUACUAUUUUAUUGUAAAGUAGAAUCUCCAUAAACCUUUUUAUUUUGGGUUGGGUUUGAUUCUGUAUUAGUUAAUAAACUAAUUCCAACUUAUAAA